AUGAAGUACACCAUCUCCGCUGCGCUCGCGACUGCUCUGGCCGCAAAGAAUGUUGCUGCACACGCAACCUUCCAACAACUUUGGGUUGAUGGAACGGACUACGGUACCUCAUGUGCCCGUAUUCCUCUGAGCAACUCGCCGGUCCAAGAUGUCACCUCCAAUGACCUUGCUUGCAACGCUGGAACCUCCCCCGUCACGCCCAAGUGUGAUGUGCCAGCAGGUAGCACUGUGACCGUCGAGAUGCACCAGCAGCCGAACGACCGCAGCUGCUCGAACGAGGCUAUUGGAGGCGCCCACUACGGACCCGUCCUUGUCUACAUGGCCGCUGUUGACGACGCCGCCUCCGCUGUUGGUGCCGACGCCGCCUGGUUCAAGGUCUUCGAAGACACCUGGUCUUCUGCAGGUGCUUCGGGCAGUGAUGACAACUGGGGUACUAAGGACCUUAACACUUGCUGCGGCAAGAUGGACGUCGUUGUGCCCAAGGACCUCGCCCCAGGUGACUACCUCCUGAGAGCCGAGGCCAUCGCCCUGCACGCUGCCGGAUCCUCGGGUGGCGCCCAGUUCUACAUGACCUGCUACCAGGUCACCGUCUCUGGCGACGGCACAGCCAAGGCCGAGACCGUCUCCCUGCCCGGCGCGUACGCCGCCGCUGACCCCGGUAUCAUGAUCAACAUCUACCAGCAGAUGACCGAGUACGUCGCCCCCGGUCCUGCCGUCUACGCCGGUGGCAGCAACAAGACCGCCGGUGCCGCCUGCACCAACUGCGAGUCGACCUGCGCCCCCGGAGACGCCACCGCCACCGCCGGCUCAGGUGCUGCCGCCAGCUCCGCGCCUGCAUCUGCCGCCGCCUCUUCCUCCCAGGCUGCUGCUGCCGUGUCGUCUGCUGCUCCUACAACUUCCUCUGCUGCCAGCACCACCUUGGCCACCUCCGUCACUUCCCAGGCCGCUGUCGUGGCGACCCCCACCAGCGCGUCUGCCCCCGCUGCUACGACAUCCCAGGCCGCCGAGUGCAAGAGACGCCGAAGCCGCUUGGCUCGCAAGCUGUAA